UCCAUUAAAAUUAAAGUUAAUUUUGAUUUUGUAGAUCAUAGUAGAAUGUCAUCGAUUUUGUUGCUGGCACAUCCUACAACUUGCACACAGGAACAAUAUAGUGAUAGUUUGAAAGAUCUUGUAGACUCAAGAAAUGCAUCUGCUGACUUACCUUCAAUCCUUCCUGAGUUAGAUGCAUCGAAAGUAAAGCAAUGUGUUGUUGGGCCAAAUCAUCUAGCAUUUCUUAUGCAGAACGGUCAAAUCUGUCGUGUAUCAUUUCAUGUUAAUUCAGAACGAACAACUUGUAGCACAGCAAAAGAACCAAGUAGUGAUGAAGAGACAUUGCAUCCAACCACAUCUGCAAAGAAAGCUGCGAUGACUGCUGUUUUCUCAUCUGCUGCUGCAGAAACCUCUUCACAAAAUGAACAUACAUUUACAAUUUCUGGUGAUACCUUAAAUUCAUUGUCUGGUGCUCUUGGAAGAUGGACUACACACAGGGUAGCAAAUUCAUCAGGUACAACAUCCAGUGGGACAAGUAGUAGCGUUUUAGCAAGUCGUGCUCCUGUAACUCGGGGUAGAGGAAGAAUAAUUCGUGCCACACGAGGUAGAGCUGGAUCAGGUUGGAUAAGCAGCCGGGCUGUAAUACCAGCCUCCGCUGUACCAGAAGAGCUAAUAUCACAGGCGCAAGUUGUACUUCAAGGCAAAUCGAGACAAGUGAUAAUUCGAGAGCUUCAGAAGACGAGUUUAGAUGUUAAUCUUGCAGUUAAUAACUUGUUAUCGCGUGAUGAUGAUGAUCCUGACGAUCAAGAUGAAGAUGCUUACAUGCAGGAAACAUAUAUUCCAAGCGAAGACUUAAUGUCAAUAUUUGAAGCUGGUAUACCUGGAGAUGAGCCAUUUGUUGUCCAGAGAGAUGCUAUAUUCUCUGAAGAUAUUAUUUAUAAUCCUUCGUACACACGUGCUGAAUCGAGACUAACAAAUACUAGACCAGCAACACAAAAUGAAAAUUCAUCAUCUGCAGAUCGUGAUAAAGAUUUUUCUGCUUCACGUAUAAGAGACAAAUGGUGGGGCAUGUUAAUGAUGGAAGGAAAAGAUAAGGCAUCUGCUAACGCAUCCUCACCUAUUAAGAUUAAAUCUUCUAAACAAGCUGAUACUACUCACAGAUUCGGAGAGAUUGAGUGGUGGACAUGUGAGCAGAGCAACGAAGACAAUCUCAAGUUUGCUGAAAUGGUAUCACUUUAUUCUGAAUUGGUUGCAGUUACCAAUGAUGGUUUUCUGCAGUCUUGGAAAUGGAAUGAUCCACAUCCACCCAAUGUUCGAAACAACGAACACACGCACCCUAGAGCUGUGGAUAUGAAAAUUACAAAUAACGAAAAAAUAUCAAAAAUUGCAGCAUGUAGCAUUAGAAUAAGCAUUUUAACAAACUCUGGCAAGCUUGCAACAUGGUUGGAUGAAACUUUAGCUGCUGUAGGUUAUAGAUUGGAGAUUCCUUUGCAAGCAUAUCCAGAAUUCAAAAGUCAUCUAGUGACACAACUUCAUGUUUGUAAUUUGUAUUCAUGCGUUCAACUUUCCAAUGGCUCUAUUUAUUGGUGGGGUAUGUUUCCUUAUGAGCAAAGAAAAAAGAUUUUAGAUAAAGUAAAAACAAAAGCCAAGAAAAGUGCUAUUGCUGGGAGUAGUCAGAUCAAGCCAGGCACAUUGGUGUGCAUUAGAAGCUGUCCACUUUACUAUCCUGGUGCUGUUGGCUUCACUACAGUUAACGGUGAACCUAGGGUUGGUAAACUGGUGGACAAAGCAUGGGAUAUCGGUGAAAAGUGCCGUUUUAAAAUAAUUGAACCAGGAAGGAGCAUUCCUACCAACAUAGAAGUCAAAGAAAACAUGGAUAAGGGUGAAGGUGUCUCUAAUGUUUCUAAAGAUGACCAACCAAAUGUUGUGACGCCAAUUACUAGAAAACGAAAAUAUUCAGAGGUCGAGUUAGGUUGUGAUAUUUUAAAAGAAGAGGAAUGGUGCUUGCAAGAUGUCAUAUUUGUUGAAGAAGUACGAAACGUGCCUGUUGGUGAAGUAUUAAAAGUAGAUGGUGCUUAUGCAAUGGUUCAUUUUUCUGCACAUGCCAAAAGUGAUGCCAAAAGUGCUACUGAUGUGGACUCGAUGCUACGAGAAAGCGUGAUACGUCGAAAAGAUGAGUUGCAGAUUGUGAAAUGGACAACACCACCAAAAAUGCCAGAAUGUUAUCAGAAGGCUCCAAAGCAGUUAAUAGUACCAGGAGGCUCAAAGGUUUUAACAUUUGCACUUGACAAAAAAGGUGUACAUGCUAUUCUGAAAACUUCCAAUGGAUUGCGUUACUCGUUGUUUAGUUUAGCAUCAAGUCGACCUGAACCAGGUGGUAAUAUACAAAGUGAACCAGCAACAUUCUUAUCAAAAUCUGUACCCUUCAGCUCUACCUUAUUAUCAUCUGGAGUAGAGUCGAUAGUCCUAAUGCAAGAUCCAAAUGGUUGUUUGUAUCCAUUAGUAAAAGAUAAUGUGGGGGGCAUUCAAAAUCCAAGCUGGUCAAAUCUUUCAUCAAUGACAUGUUUCGUGUCAGGUCUAAAGAAAACAGAAACAAGCCAGAUGUGUAUCAGUAUUUUGGUGCUUAAAGAGAAUGAGUUAAUGCAGAAUAUACUGAGAUGUGAUGGAGAUGCAGUGCAACAGUAUUUGUGUAGAAUUAAAGACGAUCAAGAAUUAAUACAUUCUGCAGUCAACAGUAAUUGUGAUGGAAACCGAAAUGUAGUGCAUGUUUGCAUUUCGACGUGUCGUCCUGCUUCUUCGAAGUCUUUCAAAAUGUCCAGUCAAUCUAGCAACACACUGGAAUCUAAUGCUAGUAAAGGAGAAUUAAAAGACGAACCAUACGAACCAACAAUGUGGGUUCCAUUAUUCGAUGGCUUGACUUGCUUAGAUGCACUUUUGAAAAGUGAAGUUCUUCAAAGCCACCUGUUUUAUCUACUGUCACAGAAGGAUGCACUUGGAUACACCCCCUUUAUGUCUGCAGUUAGAAUUCGUGCCUAUGCAGCUGCCAUUAAAAUUUAUAAUACUAUUAUAAGUAUAUGUGGAUCAUCAACCAGUCAAAAUAAAGAACAAUUCAUGGCAAUGAUUUGUCCAAAUAAUACUGAUCCAGAUAUGUCGCCACUACAAAUGCUCUGUUGCAACGACACGUGUUCGUUUACGUGGACAGGGACUAAGCACAUCAAUCAAGACAUAUUUGAAUGCAAGACAUGUGGUUUAGUUGGCCCGCUUUGUUGUUGUACUGAGUGCGCACAAGUCUGCCAUAUUGGCCAUGAAUGCAAAUUAAAAAAAACAUCUCCUACUGCUUAUUGUGAUUGUUGGGAGAAAUGCCCGUGCAAGUCUCUUGUACCUGGUGAUCAACCCCAGCGAGUGAAACUUUUGCACCUCUUAGUUGAUGAGACAGAUCUCUCUGCCAAACCAAAUAAAAAAGACCAACAUAUUUUGCUGUUCUUAGCGAGAACUGUAGCUCGACAAGCUGAUGAGCAGGUACAAUACAUGCCAAAUAAAACACAUUCUGGGGAGUCAUCAAAGCAACGUGGUGGUAAUAACAUCCGCUCGAAGAAUCGCUCACAAACUCCACCAUCUGAUCAUGAGUUGGAACCGCCUAAGUUUGCAAAGAUUUCAUUGGGAUAUAUUUUGAAGAAUUGGAAUGCAUUGAAGUCGAUGAUAUUAUUUGGUUGUGAUCAGAAUGGAGCUAGAAGAGCUAAUGCAUUAGAUGAUCAGAUUAUCAGUGCUUCUAUGUUGCAGCCAGAAGAGAUUGGAAAAUAUUUGGAUGUACAACACGGUACUUCACUGCUGGAUAAUUUUGUUCAUAAAAUCAUUGUGAAAUGCAACUCUGAAUUUCUGGAAGUACUUGUGCAAACACUUCUGCGACAGAUUGAGCAAAAUAACAGUGAUGAAGUUUUAUUAGUGGUGAAAAGAUUCAUACGUGCUGUUAUUAGAGUUUAUGUAAUACUAAGUUCGUGCGCUGGUACCACUGCGACAAAAAAGAAAGGGUUAUCAACAGCCAUAGCUCAAUGCAAAAGAGUGUUUUUAUCUUUAAAUGUAUUAGCAGCUGAAGAAAUGGCGAACAUUGCGGCAACUAUCUUUGCACCUGUUAGAAUGGGCGUGGUAUACCCCUCAUCACCCUUCUCCUUGGGUACUAUUCCAGAUAGUUCGUCUGUGAGUGAUGAACUGUUUUCUAUUUUGCCAUUACCUGAAAGAUCUUCUGUUCCGUAUUCACAAUCAACUCGUGUUCGAUUUGCAAACACACUGACUGUGGAGGGAGGGCAGCCAGAAGAGGAAGAAGAAAUGGAAGCCGAGGAGCCUGCCUCUCAGAGUCAGCUGAAUGCCACAGAAGAAUCUAUAGAAGAUACGCAGGUGCAUGAGUCAGAUAUGGAGAUUGAUUUGCUGGCUGAGAGUGACAGUGAAAGCGAAGAGAGCAAUAACGGCGAUACAAAUGAAACACAGUCUAACAACACCACACCUGCUGCUACUACCAAUCGCAUGCGACGCGGAGGAAAUGACGAUCAUUACUUUUCGACAGCUGAAACAUCAGAUGGUGAAGAAGAUGAAGAAGUGGAAGAGGAUGAAGAUGACGAUGAGGAUGAAGAUGAUGAAAACGUUGGUGAAACCACAGAGAAUAGAAAUACAUUCGGAACAGGUGAUGGCAAUACAGCUCCCCAUGCCUUGCAAUGGGCUGUCAGAAGCCACCAGAACGCCCAGUCUACUCCCACCACCACUACCACUGCUCAUAUGUCGGGAUCAGGAAUGGUUUUCAUCGAUACAGCUCAAUUAAGAAGAUCUGGAGCAAGUGCUAGUGGGGAAGGAGUAACAGCUAGUUCGAAGUUCUCUGCACCAAGUGCGCUGGCGAGAACUUUUUUUGUCCUCGUUAGAGAGGUAUCUGACUUGCUGAGUUUGAGUGCAGAUGAAGCAGUAACUAGCAAGAGUAGAGAGGUGACAGAUCAACAUCUACAUACCACGUGGAAAUGGUUAUGGCAAGUCAUGGACACAACCGAAGCUCAACUGAGAUUUGGCGCAUCAUUAACAGCUGUAUCCGACCCUACCCAUCCACAGCAUCCAUUGUUUGACUCACAAACAAAAGCAAAAGCAAAUAGAGGGGGCGCCAGUUCCACCAAUAUAUUGCGAUCGUGGGGAGAGAACAGACGAAAAAAACGUGGUGCAGCAAGUCACACAGGAGCUGCUUCUGAUCUACCAAAUGGACGACAUGAAUACCUUACGUACAUACUUUCACUAAUGCGUAGCCAUGACAACGAACACGGUGAUUCCCUCCCUAAAGUGGAGAUCACCUCAUUGAGACAUGUGGCUUACAUACUAGAUGCAUUUAUAUAUUACUUGCGUUCAAAUCAAAUGACAGAAUGCUUACCUAGCUCUGUGGAUAAUACAAAAAGGAAAUCUUUAACUAGGAUGGAACAGAUGAAAGAAAACACUGUCGAGAAAAGCGGAGGCAGUACAAUAAAGAACGAACCAGAUAAUGAUGAUGAUGACGAAAGUAUACAGAAUGAUGAUCUGCUUAAUACAGAAAGUGACGUGAAAGCGUUUCGUCAUCAAUUUUUUAAAAGAAGUGACUCAACGUUGGUGUUAGGUUACGAACCAACCGAUCCCGUAAAAACAGCUUUAAAAGAUGCCUUGCCACUCGCUGAUCGACCGCAUUUGCUCAAUCCCGGUGCACGUAGAGAUCAACUAUUUGGCGUUGUGAAUACUACCAAUGCGGAGUCAACACCAGAUCCACCCAUCAACAUGAAAUUUGAUAAUGCGAUGACAAAAACUGGCGAAAAAACGUAUUUCAAAUUAUCACCGAAUGUUUAUCUGGGGCGUUGGCGUAUGUGUUUGGAACUGUUUGGUCGCGUGUUUCUUGAUGACGUUGGAAGUGAACCCUGUUCUGUGUUAAACGAACUGGGAAAGUUUGAUGUAAAAGAAGCGAAGUUUCGAAGAGAAAUGGAGAAACUUCGAAAUAGCCAUCAAAAAGAUUUGUACCUAGAAAUGCUUGAUAGAUCAAGGCCGCUCUUACUUCUACAAUCGCUGCGCCAACUUAACUCGCAGUUUGGUCGUCGCGUACCAGGGGCCGGUCCGUUAAAUAUUCAUCGUUUAAAAGUAUCGUUCAAGGACGAACCUGGUGAAGGAAGCGGAGUUGUGAGAAGUUUUUACACCGCGCUUAGUAAUGCGUUUCUAGCUGACGAAAAUUUACCGAACUUGGAAAGUAUAUUUACAGGGUCGCGAGGUCUUACUCACCAACUACGUGUGCGCAGUAAAGAACGUGAAAGACGACGCAAUUCUAGUGGAAACCUUCAAUCUGGCAUGAUACCGAGAAUUGUACGGCGUAACGAAAGAAAUAUGGAACACACAGCAGCCGAGAUUGAAGCUUGCAACCUGUCAGUUGACGCUCCUCCGUACAUAGCUGGAUCAAGUGGAUCAGAACUGGAUGAUUUUCCCAGCGAAGAAGAUCUUAUUGAAAACCCAGUGCCGGUGCAUAAAAGAGAACUUGGGAGGAGAAUAUACAAAAAAGUCAACGCUAUGUUCCCUGAGCAUGUUUCCAAGGUGACAGGAAUGUUGUUGGAACUCACACCAACUCAACUCAUUUACUUACUGACGCAUGACGAGCCGUUUAAAGAUAAAGUGAACGAGGCUGUCGAUAUCCUUACAGCGCAAACAAGACAAGAUUCAUCGUUAAACAUGGCCAAAGAAAAAAUGACAAUAGAAGAAGAACAAGAUAACUCACCUUUGUUCUUUCAACCGGGUAAACCGGGCUACUACUCACCCCGACCGGGUAAAAAUUCUCCGGAACGCUUAAAUUGCAUGAGAAAUGUGGGAAGGAUUGUUGGUCUGUGUCUUCUUCAAAAUGAAAUUUGUCCACUCGCUUUCAAUCGACAUGUCAUCAAGUAUCUGUUAGGUAGAAAGAUUAGUUGGCAUGAUUUGGCAUUUUUUGACCCCACUUUGUAUGAAAGUCUUCGAAAUCUGAUGGAAGAAGCAACACGGGAAGACAAUACUGAUGUUUUCUCAUCGCUCGAUCUGACAUAUUUAAUCCAAUUAAGAACAGAAGAAGGAGGUGGCAGUGUUGAGUUGGUCAAAGGAGGAGCACAAGUUGAAGUGGCAGCUGAUAAUGUUUAUGAUUACGUAAAGAAGUAUGCUGAAUACCGAAUGAUAACUAAUUCUAGAAGAGCUCUACAGGCCAUCCGAAGAGGCUUGUUAGACGUUGUACCUGCAAUUCACUUAGAAGGAUUAACCGCUGAAGAUUUUCGUCUGCUUCUUAACGGUGCGGGUGACAUCAACGUGCAGCAGCUGUUAAGUUACACUUUCUUCAGUGAUGAAACAGGUGGUGAGGGUGAUGAGAAGUUGGCGAAAUUUAGAAAGUGGUUUUGGUCGGUUGUAGAAAACAUGACUCCAAAACAGAAACAAGAUUUGCUUUAUUUCUGGACAUCUUCUCCUGCCAUGCCAGCAAGUGCCGAAGGUUUUCAACCGAUGCCUUCUGUGACGAUAAAGCCAGCAAAUGAUCAUCAACUACCAACAGCAAACACAUGCAUAUCACGUCUAUACGUUCCUCUAUAUUCUUCCAAAUCUAUCCUAAGAAGCAAGUUUUUACUAGCGAUAAGAACGAAAGUAUUUGGUUUCGUCUGAAGCUUGCGUAAUUCGAACGUGUUAUCGCUUUGUUACGAGUUUUAACUCGCAUACAGAAAUCGAAUUCGAACAUUUUACCUGUGACGUAAUACUUUUAUUUAUGAAAAGUAAGAAUAUAUAACGUGUUUUUCAGAAGAAAAAACAUUUGUUCAUUUUGUAA